UCACCUUUGACCUCCUGAUUGUCCUCCAUUCACCCUCACCUGCCCUUCAACACUCUUCUGAUGUGUUAAGCACACUUUACUGAACAGUUUGAUGGAGAGCUGGUCGGAUGACAGCUGGAACUGUUGUCAUAACCGGAGGAAUACUGGCCACAGUGAUACUGCUGUGUAUCAUAGCUGUGCUCUGUUACUGCAGACUCCAGUACUACUGCUGUAAGAAGAAUGGGUCUGACAGCGGCUCCAUCUCUCAGCAACACUUUGCCUGCAACGCCUGCAGCGUCCCCGGCCUGGACGGCCCGGCCCUCACGCCGCUGUCCCUGUCACCGCCGGAGCCUCCCGGAUCCACCAACCCUGCCAACCCGGCCGCGGGCCGCCGCGGCUACUGCCCCACGUGCUCGCCCUACGACUCGCCCUUCUACAUCCGCACCACUGACGAGAUGCGCAACGGCGGCGAGCGCAUCACCUACGUGCCCACGCACUACGAGAAUCAGGCGCUGGCGCUGCCGCUACCCGCCGUCCGAGGCUCCCAGCUGAGGGAGAGCCGGCGCGCCCAGCAGCCCGACUUUUACACCAACACCCGAGCCAUCAGCACGGAGGUGUGA